UUGAAUUAUUAAAAAAUUAUUUCGAUUAGCGAAAUGUAUUGAAAUAUGGUGUACAACAAUAGACACCAUAAUUAUCAAACAGCUGUCAUAAUUUUAUAAUUUAUUAAUUGUUUAAUAGCUCUCAAAGUAGUUUUAUUUUAAAGCGAAAAAGUAAAUAAAUAAAUAAAUAAUAAACACGUGAACACGUCAAUUAAUUAAUUUAUUGGUUAUUCACACACAUUUCCGGCAUAAAUCUAGCUUGUUACUUGGUUACUCGUGUCAACCAAAUAUGGGUACCGAGAGAAAAGGAACAUUCAAGGUUGAAUACCUCCAGAAAAUAGAGCAAGAAGUUCAAGCUAAAUGGGAAGCUGAUAAAGUUUAUGAAGAAGAUGCACCAGUUGAACCAAAAAAAUCUGAUGAUGAUAAAUUUUUAGCAACAUUUCCAUUUCCAUAUAUGAAUGGUCGACUUCAUUUAGGACACACAUUUUCAUUGUCAAAAUGCGAGUUUGCUGUACGUUACAAUCGUUUGUUGGGAAAAAAAGUACUUUUUCCAUUUGGUUUUCAUUGUACUGGAAUGCCAAUAAAAGCUUGUGCUGAUAAGCUUAAACGUGAAAUGGAAGUUUAUGGUUAUCCACCAUUAUUUACUGAACAAGUUGAAGAAAUAACUGAAGCUGUUGAUGACAUUGUAAUGAAAGAUAAAAGUAAAGGAAAAAAAAGUAAAGCUGUUGCAAAAACAGGUAAUGCUAAAUAUCAAUGGCAAAUAAUGCAAAGUAUGGGUUUAAAAGAUGAAGAAAUAAAAAAUUUUGCUGAUGAAAAUUAUUGGCUUGAUUAUUUUCCACCACUUGCUGUUGAAGAUUUAAAAUCAAUUGGUCUUCAUGUUGAUUGGCGUCGUACAUUUAUAACAACUGAUGCAAAUCCAUUUUUCGAUUCAUUUGUUAAAUGGCAAUUUAUUCAUUUAAAAUCACGUAAUAAAAUUGCAUAUGGUAAACGUUAUACAAUAUUUUCACCAAAAGAUAAUCAACCAUGUAUGGAUCAUGAUAGAUCAUCAGGUGAGGGUGUUGGUCCACAAGAAUAUACACUUGUUAAAAUGAAACUACAAAAGCCAUAUCCAAGUGUAUUGAAUAUUGUUGAAGAUAAAAAUAUUUAUUUAAUUGCUGCAACCUUAAGACCAGAAACAAUGUAUGGUCAAACAAAUUGUUGGAUACAUCCAGAUAUUAAAUAUAUUGUUUAUUCAAUUGUAAAUGGUGAUAUAUUUAUAUCAACUGAAAGAGCAGCUAGAAAUUUAUCUUAUCAAGGUUUUACUGAAGUUGAAGGUAAAAUAAAUAUUAUUGUAAAAAUUACUGGACAAGAUAUUAUGGGUCAAGCAUUAUCAGCACCAUUAACAAGUCAUGAAAUAAUUUAUACACUUCCAAUGCUUACAAUAAAAGAAGACAAAGGUACUGGUAUUGUAACAUCAGUACCAAGUGAUUCACCUGAUGAUUAUGCUGCACUUGUUGAUCUUAAAAAAAAACAACCAUUAAGAGAAAAAUAUGGUAUUAAAGAUGACAUGGUAUUGCCAUAUGAACCAAUAUCAAUACUUGAAAUACCAGAAUAUGGUAAUCUUGCUGCUGUAUUUGUUUAUGAUAAAUUAAAAAUUCAAUCUCAAAAUGAUAAAGAUAAAUUAUUAGAAGCCAAAGAAAUGGUUUAUCUUAAAGGUUUUUAUGAAGGUGUAUUACUUGUUGGUGAAUAUAAAGGAAAAAAAAUUCAAGAUGUUAAAAAAAAUAUACAAAAACAAUUAAUUGAUGAUAAACAUGCUGUUAUAUAUUAUGAGCCAGAAAAAAAAAUUAUAUCAAGAUCAAAUGAUGAGUGUGUUGUAGCACUAUGUAAUCAAUGGUACUUAGAUUAUGGUGAAGAGAGCUGGAAAAAACAAGCUGAACAAGCAUUAUCUAAUCUUGAAACAUUUCAUGAUGAAGUUAGAAAAAAUUUUAAUGCAAGUCUUGAUUGGUUACAUGAGCAUGCAUGCUCAAGAACAUAUGGUCUUGGUACAAAGCUACCAUGGGAUGAAUCAUGGCUCAUUGAAUCUCUAUCUGAUUCAACAAUUUACAUGGCAUAUUAUACAAUUGCACAUUUAAUACAAGGUGGUACAUUUAAAGGUGAAAAACCAAAUGCACUUGAUAUUAAAGCUGAUGAAUUAACACCAGAAGUAUGGGAUUAUAUAUUUUUUAAUGAUGCAAAAUAUCCAAAUACUUCAAUUAAAAAAGAAUCACUUGAUUUAAUGCGUCAUGAAUUUCAAUAUUGGUAUCCAGUUGAUAUACGUGUUUCUGGUAAAGAUUUAGUACAAAAUCAUUUGACAUAUUUUAUUUAUAAUCAUACAGCAAUUUGGCCAAAUCAACCAAAUCUUUGGCCAAAAGGAAUACGUGCUAAUGGACAUUUAUUAUUAAAUUCAGCUAAAAUGUCAAAAUCAGAUGGUAAUUUUUUGACUUUAAGUGAUGCAACUAAAAAAUUUUCAGCUGAUGGUAUGCGUUUAUGUCUUGCUGAUUCUGGUGAUUCAGUUGAAGAUGCAAAUUUUGUUGAAAAAAUGGCUGAUGCUGGUAUUUUACGUUUAUUUACAUUUAUUGAAUGGGUCAAAGAGGUACUUGCAACAGAAAGUACAUUCCGUAAAUCACAACCAGAUACAUUUAAUGAUAAAGUAUUUAUGAGUGAAAUGAAUUUAAAAAUUCGUGAAACUGGUGAUAAUUACAGUAAAAUGUUGUAUAAAGAAGCACUUAGAACUGGAUUUUUUGAAUUGCAAACAGCUAGAGAUAAGUAUUUACAAUUGAGUGCACUUGAUGGUGUUAAUUGGAGUUUAAUAAUGCAAUACAUUGAACUACAAACAAUAUUAAUUGGUCCAAUUUGUCCUCAUGUUGCUGAACACGUACGUGGUAUUAUUGGUAAAAAUUCAAUUCUUGAUGCACGUUGGCCAGAAGUUGGAGCAAUUGAUGAAACAAUUAUUGAAUCAUCACAGUAUCUUAUGGAUGCAGCACAUUCAUUCAGGAUUAUGUUAAAAAAUCAUUGUGCUCCUAAAAAAUCUGGUAAAGGAAAAGGUGAUGUGACACCUGUUGUUAAACCAACAACUGGAACUAUUUGGGUUGCUAAAACUUUUCCAACAUGGCAAGCAAUUGUCUUGACAACAAUGAAAGAAUUAUGGAAUAGUGAUACUAAAACACUUCCAGAAAAUAAAAUAAUUGCUGGUGAAUUGGGAAAAAAAAAUGAAUUGAAAAAAUAUAUGAAAAGAGUUAUGCCAUUUGUUCAAAUGACAAGAGAAAAAUUAGACGCUUUUGGCAUAAGUGCAUUUAAUUUGACACUUGCUUUUGAUGAAAUUGGUGUUUUAAAUGGAAGUAAGGAUUAUCUAAAGAGUACACUUGAUGUUGAACAACUUGUUAUUAGUUAUUCUGAUGAAGCACCAGAAAAAACUAAAGAAGAAUGUUGUCCUGGUUCUCCUUUCAUCAGUUUUACAUAAAAACUUACAAAAAUAUACAUUAAAAAAAAUUUUUUUAUCAUUCAAAUAGAUGAUUAAAUAAAUUUUUUAAUGUCUCUAAUUUUGUAUAAGUACUGUAAAUGUUUUUUUUGUAUUUACAAAUAAAGCUUUUAAUAUCAUGAAUUA